AUGCCUAACCACGAAGUUGAUUUUUAUAGGGAUACGUGGGUGCGUUACUUAGGCUACGCAAAUGAAGUUGGAGAGUCUUUUAGGGCGAUGGUGCCUGUGCAAGUUGUGAGAGCCAGCUACGCCUUGGCUACUGCAUAUGUGCUUGCUGACACUGUGGACAAGGGUUGGAAAAUGUUUAAGAAAGAUGGACGACCCAAGAAUGUCUUGAUAGAAACAGGGGAUGCAUUAAUCUGGCAAACAUUAGCAUCUGUUGUCAUACCAGGAUAUGCUAUAAACAGAAUAUGUCACCACAGUCAAAUAUACUUCAAGAGAAACUACUGCAGAAUACCUGUUACCGCAAGGAAUUUAAUGACAGUUGGUGUUGGUUUGAUUUCUAUUCCUUUCAUAGUGCAUCCAAUUGAUAAUGGAGUAACACUGCUUAUGAAUCUCACAUACAGAAGGUGGGUUAAAAGUAGCCCA